UCCCUAGAAAGGAUGAUGAAUACUGCUUCCUGUUGCAAGGGGAUGAUGGGCGUGCCAUUGGAUAUAUAACGGAAGAAGUACUUCAUUUACAAUAUUUAUUAAUUUUACUGUUCAGAACCGACAAUGGCUCUCCACGAAUGUCGUUACCCUUGUGCCACUUCCGUGUCCAACAACUUACCAGUCAUCAGAUGAAAUACAGCAGGAUUGUUCGACACUCUUCACUGGUUUCAAAACAGAUGAUUUCCAUUGCCCUAUAAUUAAAUACUCACCCAGCAGGUAUACCGGUGGCACUCAAAGGGGAUCAUCUGUUGAUGGAUAUACCAAUUUUUAUGUGCCAGACAAUAUAAUCUGUGUCUGCAAGCACAGAUUAUCCACGACAGACAAGUCCAGUGAAACUAGUUCACGUGAGGGAGGGUCUAAAAAGACAACUAAGUCAUUCAUACGUCGAGUUCGUAGUCUGGUUUCUCAAAGAAGAAGGAUGCUAAGAUACGUUGAUAAACCAAGUAACGCAAAUUGGGAUAGUCGAUCUGAUUUGAUCAGGCUCGCAAAUCCUGACGGGAAGAAACCUCACAUAAGUCAACCACCUGUUCCUAAAUCCGGGUUCGGUCGCUCAAGCUGUGCCAUUGUUAGGACAGUAUCUCCCGUUGACACGAACGUCACAUUGGCUCUCCCUAUACACUUUCCUCCGCCACGACACUAUGGAAGUUCUCGCGAGCAAACGGAGUUCACAACUUCAUGUUAUGCAGCUGAGGUGACGUGUGACCGAGUGGAUCAUGUGUCUAUGGCUUCACAGCAGUUCCUCGAACAAAUAGAUGCGGUCCUGAAAUGCACACACUGGGAGGAAAAUGACUACCAAACCGUUAUCGCAGUUCUUACAGAAAUCACAAAUUUACUACCGUGUCAGAAAUUUGCCACUGAAUUCCUCAAAGUGCGUGGCCAUGAAACCAUAUUCAGACUGGUCGAACAAUUCUCCCCCGCUGGAUUCGAAGAACUAAUUCGUUCUCCCACUUCCGCCACCACCUGGUACCCACAGCUGAAGUUGUGGAAGUAUCUUGCCGCUUGCCUUGUCGAAUUGGCUGAAUAUGGCUUAAACAGCUCAGAAGAUUCGGCCGUUGGAAGUGAUGAGCGCUUCUUUUGUCUGGACGGGCCAAUAUAUGGAAUGCAGGACAUAGAUGCUGAGAAGCGAUCCACACUAAUUUCGCCCAUAUCGGACUCACCUGAGUUCAGUUGGUUUCUUGCGUCGGAGAGAUUUCUGUCUGUUCUGGUUCUUCAAUGUCAGCUGGCAACGGAAAUGAAACCACUUCGUGACUCUAUCCGGUCGCUGCUCAAGAUCAUGAAUGAUUGUCCACCUCAUGCAGAGUAUGUGAUUCGACAGAUUGAUCCUGAAUUCAUCUUCGAAAGGCUGCAAAAGAUCCACGAACUUCACGGAGAGGCCGCACAAGUCGAAACACCAACGUCAGCGACUGCUAAUAACUCAAACUCUAUGCGGAAUGUGCUUUCGCGUGUGGGCUCUAUCAGUCUUUCCUCAAUCUCCUCUACGUCCGCGCGCACUCCACUGACGCGUUUCGACUCGUCUGCAUCCAUUGACUCCUCGGCGGAUGAAUCCAACUCACCGACUGACCAGCUGCUUGUCGACGUCGUGUCUCUCUUACUGGAUCUGCUUUAUGUGAUCUUAUAUCAGUCAAGACAGAGCGGUAAACUCGCUGAAAGACUGCCGCUUUACUUGAGUGACAUGAAUUUACGAAGGCUGAACAUGUACUUCCCCCAGCUUCGACACCCCGUUACUCCAUUGGAGCGAAAUCCCAACCUAGACGGCUCUGAAACAGAUGGUGUUCGUCGUGAUCCAGGAGUGUUCCGAAGCGAAGUAACCUCAACUGGUGGGCGCUCCACCUUCUACGUCCAAGAUGUGCCCAAAAUAACCGUCCCCAAAAACUGUGCCAACUCAAUCCGAGUCUGUCAAGCCGGGAACGAUGUAUCCGCAGGGUUGUUCAGACUUCAGCAAGCCUACCUCAUUUACUUGGCAGAUGAACUCCACGCAUCGUUGGACGAAGAGUCGCGAACUGGACUGGAAAAACUGAAUAACUUAUGUCAACUCGGUGCCGGGGACCUGGAUCUUACUUUGGCUGACCCGAAUAAGCCGGAACUCAUUUGUAUCCAGCUGGGAUUUAGACACCCGAAAACCCCGUUGGAUGACUUCCAACCAACCCCAGGACGCUUGGGCUACAAUUGCUUGUACUCAUUUUUCCGACACUACUCAUCUCUGAAAAAACAAAUGCUGAACUACCAGCCCGCUGUGCAACGAAACCUGAGCACAUUGCGGCCACCUUUAUCUGAUACUGGAUUGAGGUUGCGCCCAAGCAAAAGUGCCGUUUCUACCAGAGAGUCGACGACACCUAACAGUCAAACAGUCAAUCUGUAUCCCGGAUCAUGGGUUCGUGGUGUUCGCCGAAAGACGUUAGAUACGUUGUCGUAUGAUCAUCCGCCUAGAAUUGAUGUCAUUCAACCUCUCUUCCCUCUAGUAGCCGUCGCAGCUGAGCUAGUCAAAACGAUCUGUGAUGUGCUUGGAGUACCUCGUCAACUUGACCCGCUACCUCGAUGGCAUCCGAAGACCUUGAGUUCACUCAACAAAACAUUCUACCCAAUUCUCUUUCAACCACGAAACCAAUUGCUCACACCCUUUGAGGAGCUUUUUGUUUCCUCAUUUUUCGUUCUAUUCGACACUUGGACACAGCUGAAUGCGGGUCCUGGCGACAUAACAAUGGUACUGUCUGUUUUGCGUGAGCAGCUGAUUCAAGCGCUCUCCCAGAAACCGUAUUCUUUCGAUGAAUUCGAGAGAAUUUUGACACACUGCACACCAAAAUUCAUACGUUCCGUGUGGAAAGAAGAGGAGGAACAUACUCGCUGUCGAACUAUGGAAUCUCAUGGGGUCCUCAAGGAGUUGCGCGCACGGCUCACAAAAGUGCACGAGCUCAAUGUAAAGGAACACCGGCUAAACUACUUGACCUAUCAUGGUGCACUGGAAUAUUCCCCACCGAAACGACAACAAGGCCGUGACAUCAGCAAAAUGGAAGUGAUUCUAUCUCCUGAUCGGAAAUCUCUAUUGGUUCGGGAGGUAGCGAAUCACAACCCUUCGCAUCCAUCACAACAACAGCUGCAACAACCAACCGUGUGUGAAAUAUGGCCCUUAGCGUGCGUGGAUAGGGUCAGCACUGGUUCGGAUGAAAGACUGAAGAAAAAUCCUGAACGGACUCUUGUGCUUCACAUGCGGAUUCGGGAAUCACCUGAGCCUCUUCAAGUUCUGUUACUGGCUCGAACGGUCUUGGAUCACUCAUACUGGAUGGAUGGGUUCAGUAUUCUGCUAAAUCGUGACUGCUUCAGUGAUUUGUUCCGUGAAGAUGUUCAACGAUUACUCGAACUGGACAUGAAAGUUCGCCUUUGUGGUCUAGAACUGCACCGAAUUCCAAGCAAAUUGAAGCUUAUUCCUCCUGAUCCUCCGGAAUUCGACUUUGAAGAACAGUGUGUAUAAACCUACAGAACCAAGUGGAAUUCAGAAAAAUCCGGACUGUCACAAGGAACUUUUUUCGUUUCCUGGUUUGUAUGUGGCUCAGUGCACUUUCGUGUUUCUACCCACACACCCGCUAUUCCUAUCCCUCCCAUCCAGAUUUGACCAUCUUAUAUUCGUCAUCUUUGAACUAUUUUCUCCUCGAAAUUCAUAUCGGGUAGUUUCAAACCAAACGACUUGGCUAGUUCUUACCCCUUAUUGAUUAUUUCCGGUUUAAAACCUCGUGUUCUUUCAGACCUGUCCAACUCAAUAAACAUUUGAUCUGUUUGACAGGGUUAUCCCCAAUCGAAAGAUUUGUUUUUCCUCUACAUGUUCUGUCUACUUUUCUCUUCACCUCUCAUUGUACAAUCCAAAUUAAAACACGUUCUUAAGAAUUAAGAACGCUCUUUAGAAUUUUCAAUUCCCAUGAAUCAUUGGCGUAUUGUGCCUGUUAAAACUAAAAUCAUGAAUGAAAGAAACUUAUCUUCGCACUGCGCA